ACCAGGUGCGCGUGGCCGAGGCGGGCGGCAUUACAGGCAGAACAGCAGCAGCUGCGGGAGGAGCCGGUCCGAGGCGGGGAGAUGCGGGGGCAGGAGCGGAGCCAGGCCAUGCCGCCCCCGCCUCAGCCCCAGGACCCCUCGGAGACCCCCCCGCCGGCACCGGGGCACGACCUCCCCGCCCAGCACGCCUGGCGCCAGCGCUUCCGGGGCCUCCGCUACCGGGAAGGCGCGGGGCCGCGGGAGGUGUGCGGCCGGCUGCGGGAGCUGGCCCAGCGCUGGCUGGAGCCCCAGCGCCGCAGCAAGGAGCAGAUGCUGGAGCUGGUGGUGCUGGAGCAGUUCCUGGCCAUCCUGCCCCGGGAGGCGCGGAGCUGGGAGUGGGGGCGCGGCGUGGAGACCUGCGCCCAGGCCGUGGCCCUGGCCGAGGGGGUCCAUGUGGGGCAGGCGGAAGAUGCAAAUCAUCAUGUGAAAGCAUUUCACCCUGAUCGUGGAUGCUGCUGUGCCCGUCUCCGUGUGUUUGGGGGAUGUUCCCUCCCAGAUCCCAGCUCCCCGGUGACGUGUGUUUAUCCCGUCUCCAGGUCACGCCGAGUGUGA